GCACGCCACCGCCCCUGCCGCGGCCACCCGCAACCGCGCCCACGCAGCGCGCCCUCGCCCGCGCCCGCGCGGCGCCGAAGCCCACGCGCCGCUCCGCCGCCGCACGAUCAUCGGCGCCCACACGCACAUCAGGCCCGCCCCGCGCCACCAGUCAGGGACAACGAGGUGCCCGACAGCGCGCACGUGCGCAACACGGGCUCCCCGGGCGCCAACCUCGUCCCGCCGCUGGAGGAGGAGCGCCGCGAGCCCGGCGGCGCGCGCCUCAACCUCGGAGCCAUCAUUGCUCUGGGAGUGUUUGGCGGAUUUGUGUUCCUCGCUGCGAUCAUCACCACAAUAGUUAUCCUUAUCCGCAGGAGCCGCAGUGCGAAGCACUAUCGCCACCGCGCCUCCCCCGACUGCAACACAGUGGCGUCGUUCGACUCGUCCGGCUCGGAGGGCCGCGCCGGCCUCAACCGGUACUACCGCCAAGCGUGGGAGAACUUGCACCACCAAGCGGGCGGCGGCGGCGGCGGCAAGAACGCCCUGCGCCGCCAGGAGACACUGGAUGAACCCGUGCGAGGGGCAGGGGAGCUGCUCGUCACCACCGGCAUGUCCAAGCCCGCCCCGCCGCAGCAGGAGAAGAAGCGCCACCACCACCACCACCAUCACCACGGGCCGUCCUCCAGUGGAACCAAGGAAACGAGCAACGCGGCUGGGGAUUGGCGCAACCGCCCCAGCAAAAACCGAUACUGAACUGUCGUAGGAAAAGGAAACCCCGAGUCAGUUCUGAGUGAUUCUGUGUAACCUGUGGUUGUCCAUUUCUUGUAGAUGUAUGGAUACUAACAUCUCACAAGAUAAUAAUUUAAUAAUUUUAUUGCAUUCCAAAGAGAGAUGAGGGUAUUUAUUAAUUUAAAUUGCCUAGAUACGUUUACCACAGGUACAUAGAACAUUCUUAUGAGAUGCACAUGAAUCACCGCAGUGCUCUAAUGCGUUUAUAGUUGGUAAAUUAUAGAGACCAAAUGACUAAAGAGAUGGUCUGAGGCAAGGUACCAGCAAGUUCAAGAAAUGAAGAUUCUUUGUUGGCAAGUCAGGAUGCAGCUCAUUUUAAUUUUGACUAGUGUAUGAAUCGUUUUACGUAUUGUAGCAUAUAUUUUGCCAUUUUGAGAUUCUUUACAGUAGGAAAUCAGUUUUCUUAUCGUGUAAUUUCAAUAUUUUUUUCCUCAAAAUGUGUGUAGAGUUUACACAUGUUAAAAACAUAAUUUGAAAAAUCUGAAAUGAAAAUAUCUUGCUAAUUAUAAUAGUUUUACUAAUUUAUUAUAUAUGUAGAAUAAAAUGAACGUAAGUUGUUACCUUACAGAUAAGUAGCUAAGUGUGAAUCUGUUAUAGAUAUUUAUAUAUGUUGUAGUGGUAGCAGAAGACAAGCUGAUUUUCAACUGUAAAAGUCUUCUUUUUUUCAAUCAUAUUAACUACUUAGAAACUCAUAGGAAUAAUACAUCGAGUUUCAUUCUAAACUCCAGGGAGUUUGUUAUGUUAACAUGAUGUAAUUCAUUAUUUACGUCAAGGAAAACCCUAAUUACUCUAUGACAUGAAAUGACUGUCUGCACAACUUAUAGUUUUUUGAAGUAUUCACAACUGACUUACGGUGUUAAGAUGCAUAUGAGCCACGUAAAAGUAACAUUAAUGCAUAGCAUUUCGGUAGAGUAUUAUCACCGAUGGAGUUUGUAUCCAGGGAAAGAUGAAACAAUCUGGGAAGUGGUGCAGCAGCAGGUCAGGUCAUGCACCCCUUGGCUGUUCUCUAGCAAAGAGAGGCCCAGCUGAUGAAGUGCAUGAUAUUGCUCUCCCCAGAACCACUUGAUGUCUUGGUGAGUGCUAUUACUCUGCCCACAGCAUAGUUGCAUGAAUUUUUUUCAGAUACCUAUUUCGACACAUCAUUAAAACUACUAAGAAGGGCUUUGGUAUAUGUAAGUAAAGGCCCUUUCUUUUCAAUCUAGUCUUUUGAUAAGAAAUCUUUAUAUCAAAUAAACUGGUAUAGUCAAAAAUUAUAUAUUAUGUCAUGAAGUUUCAUGAAUUGAAAUAUUGAAAUGAUCUUUAUAUUCAGCUGCAUUUUUAUUGUCUUGUACAUACUUCAUAUAUAACUCAUAAAUAAAUAUAUACAAAAAUUACAAAUUUAUUAAGAAGUAUUGAAGUACGAAAAUACGAUUACUUAUUAUUAUUUAAUAAUUCUAUUUUAGCAUAUCUUUACAUGUGUGAGGUGAUAUUCCUGUCACAUUGUUUGUACCGAACACAUUUCUUCUUUUCCAUUGGCAUUUUGUGGUUUCUGGGGUGGUUCAGUUAAUGCAAUAAUGCAGCAAAUGAAGAUUUGGUAUUUAUUUUCCCACAUAUUUCCAUAUCAUAUAUUGUAGACAUGAUGUUACAUGUAUUGAUUUUUAUACAUAAAACAUGAAUUCUUAAUC